CAUUUGUAUCAGUUUUUCAUCCACGAGACCUUAUCAUUGAUAGCAUCAUUUUCUUCGACAGGCUUGCAGGAGAUGUUGCAAAAGCAAAGAUGCUUGCCACGGAGUUUUACACAAGCACACUGCCACCCGUCAUGAGGGAGCUUGACCGUAGACUGGAAGGACGCGAAUGGUUUUGUGGCGACAAGAUGACAUGGGUUGACAUCUUUGCUGCAUGUUACCUUAGUCAGCUCAGCACACACCAUGAGAGUUCUUUGGAGGCAGUACCUCGGCUGAAGAACGUCGUCGACAGAGUGAUAAAACUUCCACAGAUUGAGAAAUGGAUCAAAGAACGUCCCGAUACACCGAUGUAGAAUUCUUAUUAGUUGAGUUACAUAAAUAUAUAUAUAUACAUACGUAGAUAUACUUUAAGUAGACUGUUGCUAACUUCCUUUGGCUCCGUAAUAUCUGUUUCCGUAAUACUGUAAUGUGAAUCACUGAAAGAAAUGGAAAAAAAUUGAUUCUUCUUACCCUGUAUGAGUAUCCUACAUACUGCACUCUUUUUUUCUCAUGUUAUAGGGAGCAAAAGCAUUUAAAAGUGAAGAAAUUUUGGUUAGGUGAUUUUUGAGCAGCGUGUAAAUUGCACAUUUUUCUGUGAAAUUAUAAGCUUGCAUUUUAUAAAGGCAGUUUCCUUUCAGCAUUACUCUGACUUUAGGUGUAUUAUGGUCAGCAACCUUUCGUAGCAUUUCAUUUGGUCAGUUGAUUUAAGGAGUCUUGAAGAAACAUAUUUUGGGUAAAAAUUUCUCCAUCUCCACCAUCAGAAUGUUUCAUUAUAUAAUUUUGCACGGAGAAGUGAUUCAAAUUGGUAAGGCUCAAUGAAACCAAGAAUACUUCUAUCCAACUGAGGUCAAGAAAUCUUGGUAGAGAUUGCUCACCAAAAUACAGUAUUUGUAAUGCACUUAACCCAUUCACAACAAGUAGAAUUUUGGUUAAGGUCUGACAGGGCUUGGGUGUAUCAGUGCAUGCUGCUGUGUGCCUGGGCCAUUCUCCGGCUCACAGCUGGAUUCCCAAGGCAUCAUCCUGGCUACCUGAAAGUGAGCUCAUGACUUGAUUGGAAGUCACCUGUGUCAGUGAAGUUUUUGCCCUGAUGUGAUAGGAUGUCACCUGGUGUGAAUGGGUUAAGACAUGAAUUAAGAUCUAUAUGGAUGUUUGAAAAUUAUUCUCGGGUAUGCACCAACUUGGUUAGAUAUUUUAGAAAUGUAAAAUAUGGGGAUCUUUGAAGAAAAAUAUAACCAUAUUGCAGGAAGUGGUUGAAUACUUCAAAUGAGUGAAAUUAUUGAGUAUUGUUAAAACAGACAUGUCAUGGUAGUUUUAUUAAUUAUUGUGAAGAAGGAAAUUCAUGUGAAAGUAUGGACACAAGAACAAAUUCAGCUUUUGUUUGAGUUUAUCUACAGUUUCAUUGGUCUUGUUUUCUCUAUAAUUUAUUGUUUCUUGUAAAUUCACUGAAUCUUUGUUUUUUUAAGAAAGACUACUGCCUUUAGUGUCUGUAUAAUCUUCUGUUCCUUAGUCUAGCCAGUAGGCUACUUUGUUGAGAGGCUUUGUUGUUUAAAAUUUUUGAGUUGAAUGUUUUUGAAGAGGAAAUAUGUAUUCCUGUGAAGAUGACAUGAGGGGCAUUUUAUUCCUUUUUUUUUUUACCUAAUUAGUGUAUAUUUUAUAUAGAAAUAAAGCUAAUUCUUUGAUUAUUAUUUCUCUAAGUUCUUGAACAGAAAAUUUACCAUACCAAUAUAACAGAAGGAAAAAAAAUGCAGAAUAUAUGUAGUCUAUGUUUCUCAUCUCUUUGGACUUCAAUAGCAUUAACUGUCUGUUUCCUGUGUGUCACGUUUAGAACAGAUCUGUGUCUCGCCGCAGCCAAGUCAGCUCAAAUUUGAAUAGCCCUUGAGGAGGGAACUGGAAAAUACAUUAGAUUAUUAUAACCCCAUUUGUUAGAAAAGAUGAAAAUAAAAAAAUAAUGAUUAUUAAUAAUGUAAGAAGCAAAAUACCUUGUUCAGUAUAUUCUAUCCGGGAGAAGAGAAAUUUCGUUGUUAUUAUUAUCUGACGUGUGAGAUAUUUCACACGGGACGGUCCUUUAGGAUAAGCAGUGGAUUAUGUAAAUGUCCUUAUUCAGGUAACUAGAAAUGGAGAAAACAAUAAGCAUAUCAGUUUUGCUGGUUGAAGUAUUGUUUUGCAAAAUGAUUUUGCAUGAAACAAAAAUGGUGAAAUUGCUUUAACUUUUAAGAGAUAAAGAAAAAGAUCAAGUUACUGUGAAAAAUUUGGUGUGAAUUAGUGUUUUAGUCUUUUUGUGUGAAAAUAUAGUAUAGAGAAAAGAAAAAAAGAAAAGAAUAUAACUAUAUUAGAAUGUAGCUAUAAUAUGUCUUAAUGUUUACCCAGGAUCAGCUCUGUGAGUAGACAGAAGGAUUUUGUACCACUGUGUAGUUCAAUUUUAUGAACUACUUAUCUUUCACAUAUUUUUGUAAUUUGAUUUGCCAUGAAGACGGAUGCAUUAUUCCUGCCCAAUAUGAAAUUCACUUGAAAAAGAUGUCUUUAUUUUUUUAUUAUAAUUCUGCUUACAGCACGUAUAGCAAGAUUACUCAAGAAAUGCAUGCACACACACACACACACACACA